AUGUCGCCCCAGAGACCUGCAUUUGAUGCCCUACCCUUGCGCAAAGAUGGACCUCCCGGGAAUGCUUGGGGGAUGUUUGGGGAUCAAGAUCAGAUGGGCAUGCUCAAUCUAUUGACGCCGGAGAAUACCGCCGCAGCUGCUCGCGAAAUUGUUGAUGGAGUGCGUGUCUCAACAGAUUGGGCUCUCAAUAGCAUGACCACCCCCUGCUUUGGACGAUCUGCCUUAGAGCACAUUAUCAAGAACAAGGCUCCCCGAGCAGUCAACGAUGAUAUCUUGGUUUUUAAUACACAGAGUAGUAGCCAAUGGGAUGGCUUCAGGCAUUAUGGAUCAAAACAAGGAACUUUCUUCAAUGGGUGUACCCAGGAGGAUAUCCAGAAUUCCACUCGAAACGGUAUUCACGUAUGGGUCGAAAACGGCGGGAUUGUUGGACGAGGCGUUCUCUUGGACUAUGCAGGCUGGGCAGCGGCGAACGGGAAAGAAAUGAAUUGCUUUGAAACCCAGUCAAUCCCGGCUUCGGUACUCCAAGAGGUAGCUGUUAGUCAGAAUACCACAUUCCGACCGGGAGAUAUCCUGUUUAUUCGGACGGGUUGGACUCGAGCCUACGAACAGCUGUCACGGGCGCAAUGUCAGCAACUGGCCGACUAUGCAGCACCUCCAGUGAUUGGAGUAGAAUCAUCCGAGGCCAUGCUGCGCUGGAUUUGGGAUCUUGAACUGGCCGCCGUGGUAGGAGAUAUGCCGAGCUUUGAAGCAUAUCCAUGCCAGAAUCAGUUGUUUUUUCUCCAUGAGUGGUUGCUAGCGGGCUGGGGUGUCCCAAUCGGGGAGUUAUUCGAUCUCGAGCAGCUCAGCCAGGAGUGUCGGAAGAGAGACCGCUGGACUUUUUUCUUCAGUAGCGUGCCAUUGAAGGUUCCUGGUGGGGUUGCAAGCCCCCCGAAUGGCGUGGCUAUAUUUUAA